AUGACAGGUGGUUAUAAAUUACUUCCUAGUGGCCUUGCCGCAAUUGAAACUAAACUAGGGUGGACACUAAUGGGGAAGAACUCUAGUUUAGAAUCUCGAGAAAGCACUGCAUUACUUGUAACGAGUAUGAUUUGUAAUGAAACUUGUAUAUCAAACUUGUGGUCAUUGGAAACGAUCGGUAUACUGGAUCCAUCUGAGAAGAAAACGCAAGAUGAAUUGCAUGCAGCAGCUAAAGAACAUUUUUUGAGAACUGUUAGAAUAGACGAUGAAGGAAGGUUUAUCGUUGAUUUGCCUUGGUUGAGUGAACAUCCCCCUCUGCCUGAAAAUUUUGAAUUGGCUUUGAAGAGACUGAACAACACAGUAAAGAACUUAAAAGCGAAAAAUCUGUAUGAGGAUUAUGACCUGGUUUUCAAAGAAUGGGAAAAGGAGGGAAUAAUUGAAGAGGUUCCUUAUAAUGAAAUUCAAGAACCAUCGCAUUAUUUACCACAUCGGCCUGUUGUCAAAGAAAAUUGUACGACUCGCAUUAGGCCAGUAUUCGAUGCUUCCGCUAAGUCGAGAUCUUCACCAAGUCUAAAUGACUGCCUUGAAAAGGGUAUGAACCUUAUUGAAUUCAUUCCAUCAAUAUUAACACGCUUUCGUAUGUAUAAAAUAGGGGUUACUGCUGAUAUAUGUAAAGCGUUUCUGCAAAUCCGUGUAUCUGAAAGGGACAAAAAUUAUCUGAGAUUCCUCUGGUACAACGAUAAGUCUGAGCUAAAGUAUUUCAGGCACUGUCGUGUAAUAUUCGGUGCUUCGUGUAGCCCUUUUUUACUCGGAUCUGUGGUUCAGUAUCAUUUAGAAUCAGCGCUAGAAGAGGCACGAGUUGAGUCCUCGAAAUAUCCCGUUGAAACUGUAGAAGAACUUGCUAACAGUUUUUAUGUGGACAAUUGUCUUGUUAGCGUAAAGGAUGAAGCUCAGUUGCAUAAAUUUAUGCAAGCGGCUACAGAAAUAUUAAUGGAGAGAAAAUUUGAAUUACGAGGGUGGGAGUACUCGGAUUCCCGCUGUCAAGUUUCAGAACCCACGAAUGUGCUAGGAAUGAUGUGGGACCGUGGAAAUGAUACCCUCAGUUUAAAGUUAUCACGUGAUACUGAUACCUCUUCGAUGAAAAUUUCUAAGAGGUCAAUUUUGUCUGCUGCACAUAAAACGUUUGAUCCUUUAGGCAUAGUCUGUCCGGUUACUUUACUGCCAAAACUUUUGCUGCAGAGGUUAUGGGAAUGCAAAUUAACAUGGGAUCAAGAAGUAGAUACAAAUACUGAAGAAGAAUUCUUGAAAUGGUUGAAAAAUUUGGAGACUUUGAAAGAAUUGAAGAUAACUAGAUGGUUGCAAUGCGAAUACGUAAUUGAUAGUUUACAUUUUUUCUGCGACGCUAGUAAGUCUGCCUAUUCAGCUGUUGUUUUUAUAAAAAUUUGUUUGAAUGAUUCAGUAGCUGUUCAUCUGCUAAGAGCUAAAUCUCGGAUUGCACCUUGUGGAAAGAAAGAGAUGACUAUAGCAAGAUUAGAGCUUCUUGGAGCCACAAUUUUAGCACGUCUUUCUGUAGAAGUUCUGAAAGAAUUCAAAAAAGAGAAAAUUGUGUUUUGGACUGAUUCUACUACCGUUCUUUCAUGGUUGAGAAAAGAAGGGCCGUGGGGAGUGUUUGUACAAAACCGAGUGCAGGAAAUUAGAUCCUUGACUCCUUUGAAUGCAUGGCGGUUCGUCCCAGGAUCACUAAAUCCAGCAGAUCUUCCGAGUAGAGGUUGUUCUGCUCGUCAACUUCUUUCGUCAAAAUGGUGGGAAGGUCCGCAAUGGUUGUAUUUCCCAUCGGAAGAAUGGCCAAAAGACGAAUUUUGUGUUGAUGAAGAAGAAAUUCUAAGUGAAAGAAAGAGAGGCGUGGUAUCAUCUAUGGUCAACGUGCAAUGCACAGAUAACAUUGUAAGUGACCGAUUUUCAAGUUAUACGAAGACAAUCAGAACAAUUGGAUGGAUCUAUAGAUUUUAUCACAAUAUUUCCAGUCAGAAUAAGAUAAUAGGAGAGUUGACAACUGAUGAGUAUAUAAAACUUAAGAGCUUUUAUUCAAUAACAACGUAA